CGCACGCCAUCGUCGCGUUUGUGGUUGUGUUGCGCUGCGCAACACGUCUUGUUUCAUGAAGUUUAUUUUUGUCUGCGUCAUUCGUGUUUUGUGAUUACUUUUCGCUGAAAUACCGACACAUGCGAUAAUUAUUUGUUUUUGUGCUUUAUUACUUAAUGUUCUUCAGUGGUUUCAUUUUCUCUUCCAGACUUAGUGUAACUUCUACUGAACUUUGAAAUGUGAUAACGUUAGUGCCUUCAAGUUUUUGACAAAUUCAAAGUUUACAUGUGAAGAUGUUUUUCAUCUGCCGUUUUUAUUAGUGAAUUUGCUACGACUUUACAACCAGUGUAUCGUGCUAAUGUAAAAUUCUUCAGGAUGAAGACGUUAACUCUUACCAAGAUGACUUAAACACGCAUUUGCAAAAACAUUGGCUGUACUGAUUAUUCCAACUCAGGAGGACUGGAUGAGGUGACACGAUGGACGCGGCCGACAAGCGCAUGCUGGACCGCGAGGCGCUCCGAAACAUGAUCCAGCAGUGGAACGCCAACCGGCUCGAUCUGUUCGAACUCAGCGAACCGAACGAGAACUUGGAGUUUCAUGGGGUCAUGCGCUUUUACUUCCAAGAUUCCGGACAGAAGAUAGCCACCAAAUGCAUCCGUGUCGCGUCCGAUGCCACAGUUAGCGAUGUCAUAGAGACGCUGAUCGAAAAGUUCCGUCCAGACAUGCGUAUGCUGUCUCUCGGCUCGUACUCUCUGUGGGAGACGCACGGGCCCGACGACGAGCGCCGCCUCGAGCCACACGAGAAGCCGCUUCUCGUGCAGCUCAACUGGCAUACUGAGGACCGCGAAGGACGGUUCCUACUCAAGUGCCUUAGCAACAAUGAGGUUCCACUCUCAGGGGUCAACGAAAAAGGUGACCAAAAUUUCAAACGGAAAUUGUCCAAACGAGAGAAGAAGGAACUAAAGAAGAAAGAAAAAUUAUCGAGAUUAAAAUCCGACACAAACGACGAAACUCGACCAGUAGCCGAAAAGCUUUAUACAGAAUUGCCGGAGACAUCAUUCACGCGCAGCAUCAGCAACCCGGAGGCGGUGAUGCGCCGGCGCCGCCAGCAGAAGCUCGAGCGCAAGCUGCAGCAGUUCCGCAGCAAGGACGGCGGGCCCGACACCGGCGGCACGCUGAAGAUCUACGGAUCAUCUUUAUGCCCUGACGUACCGUACAAGACACUGCUGCUCUCCGUGGGCGACUCGGCCGCGGCCGUGGUGCGCGAGAUGCUGGACAAAUACGGGCUGUCGCGCCAGGACCCGCAGCACUACUGCAUCGUGCAGGUGCGCUUGUGUAUAGCUCGCUCAACUAAUGUUGAGGCGACAGGAGCCUCUAGGUCGGCGUGUGAGACACACGGGUCGUUGCUAUGUCCCGACGUGUACAAGACACUACUGCUCUCCGUGGGCGACUCGGCGGCGGCCGUGGUGCGCGAGAUGCUGGACAAGUACGGGCUGUCGCGCCAGGACCCGCAGCACUACUGCAUCGUGCAGGUCGGCGUGUGA